CAUUGGAACACUAUUGCUUGACAGAAAUUUGACAAUCCGUGUUCCCGCCAAUUUAAUGAACUGGGAAAUUGUUGAUGUACGUGAUUUUGUAAGCAAUAUAUAGAGAAAAUAACACAACAUGGGUAUUCUAGGUUUAUCUAAGUUAAUAGCAGACAUUGCACCUCAUGCUAUAAAAGAAAUGGAGAUAAAAAACUACUUCGGCCGCAAAAUUGCAAUUGAUGCUUACAUGAGCUUGUAUCAAUUCUUAAUAGCAGUUAGAAGCGAAGGUUCCCAGCUGGUCUCAGUUGAUGGAGAAACAACAUCUCACCUCAUGGGCACUUUCUACCGUACAAUCAGAUUAGUAGAAAAUGGUAUCAAACCUGUUUAUGUGUUUGAUGGUAAGCCACCAGACAUGAAGUCUCACCAGCUCAACAAGAGAGCUGAAAGGAGAGAAGAGGCGGAGAAAGAGUUGCAGAAAGCUACAGAGGCUGGCGACCAGGAAUCUGUAGAGAAGUUCAACCGUCGGCUGGUGAAAGUUACAAAGCAGCACAAUGAGGAAGCUCGGACGUUACUCAAGCUGAUGGGAAUACCUGUGGUUGAGGCUCCCUGUGAGGCCGAAGCACAGUGUGCUGCAUUGGUAAAAGCCGGGAAAGUGUUUGCCUCAGCGACAGAGGACAUGGACGCACUAACAUUCGGUACCAACGUGUUGCUCCGACACUUGACGUUCUCCGAGGCGCGCAAGAUGCCCGUGCAGGAGUUCCAUCUCGAACAGGUGCUCCAAGGACUGGAGUUGGAACAGACUGAGUUCAUAGACCUGUGCAUCCUGCUGGGCUGCGACUACUGCGGCUCCAUCCGCGGCAUCGGGCCCAAGCGCGCCAUCGAGCUCAUCCGGCAGCACCGCAGCCUCGAGCAGGUGCUCAGGAACAUCGACACCGACAAGUACCCGCCGCCCGACAACUGGGACUACCAGAGAGCGAGGGAACUGUUCCUACAGCCCGAGGUCACUGAUCCUAAGGAUAUUGAGUUAAAAUGGACAGAUCCUGAUGAGGAAGGCUUGGUGAAGUUCCUGUGUGGAGAUAAACAGUUCAAUGAGGAACGUGUCAGGAACGGCGCUAAGAAACUCCUGAAGGCGCGCAGUACGACCACGCAGGGACGGCUUGAUGGCUUCUUUAAGGUAUCAACAACGCCUAACCCAAAACGUAAAGCUGAGGAAGAUAAGAAAAAUGCCGCGAAAAAGAAGAUGAAAGUCGGUGGCGGAGGCAGGGGAAGGAAACCAAAAUAAAAUUAGUCGAUAAUGGUAUUAUUGUAAUAAUUUCGUGUUUACGGCAGCCAAUUAUUAAUGUAAUUUGAUCUUUAAAACACUGUUUUAUGAAUCUAAGCGUUAAGCGUUUAAAUCAAACGUGUGUGUUAGACUAGUGAAGAGAAUUCAGGACUACCAAGUCAAAGGUUUUGAGUUCGAUCCCAAAGCACGCACCGACUUUUCGAUAUCGUAGAUAUUAGUUAUAGAUACAAAAACAUAACUCUUCCUUAACAAGGUCGGAUAAAAGUAGCUAAUUCAAAAGAGUCAGCUAACUCAAUACCAAGGGCAGGUAAAAAGUGAAUUUGCAAUUGCUUGCUCACAGUUCCUGAUUGAAUAUACGUUUGGUUUGAACGCAGCCUUAGAUGUAUACGUUAAUGGCUGGCCAAUGCAUUUAAUGUCUAGUUUUAGGUAUAUAAUGACGUUAUAUUGAUUUUGAUCCGAUAUUACUCUAACUUACGAUAACUCUCACUAGACUCAAUAAAUCAAACUGAAAAUAUUUGCAAAUCAAUCUUAACUUGGCAUGCAGUUCCCUUUACAAUAAAUUACGGUACAUAAGAGAUCUGAAUAAUAAACAAUACUAAGACAUUUCUUUAUAUCUAAGUUAAUUGUGAUGUGUAAAUAAGCGCGGGAUCGUUUUUGACUGUUUAUUAAACCAUUUUUAAUAUUACUUGUAAUUAUAUGUAAACGUCUCUGGCUUUAACUAUUAUUGAUACCUCAAUUAAAAUUGUUUAGGUAA